AUAGCUUUCUCUAAGGUUAUUAGAGCACUGAGCACCUUUAAGGAGUGCAGAAAUCUGUGAAAGGAGGAGUUGGGGAAAAGGACAUAGCUCCUUUUAGAGUGUGUAACAGAACUGAUAAGCUAUUCCUGUGAUGUGAUCAAAUGUGACUGAAUUCUGCAGGCUCCUGGACUCUUAUUCUAUAAAAUCCACAUCAGAGCAGCACAGGAAAAGAUCGGAGAGAAGAGCUUCUGCUCUACUGAGAAAGAUGCUGGAGAGCUCUUCUGGCCUCAUUGUCCUCGUCCUGCUUUUCAUUCUGCUGCUCAUUGUGGUGGUCAUCAGGAAAAACGGCACUGCUGCCCUUAUCUGGAAUGAAAUAAUCCGGGAGAAAAUAACCAAUUUCAUCAUGAAUAAGAGCAAAGAACAGAGGAUUUUAAAUUUCGUGCUGCAGAAUGCAGUCCGAGGAGACCCCCGUAGUGUGAUGGACACUAUAGAUAAGUACUGCUCCCAGAAAGAGUGGGCCAUGAAUGUGGGCGAUGAGAAAGGUUUAAUUCUAGACAAGACUGUGGAAGAGGUCCAGCCAUCAGUUGCACUGGAACUAGGAACAUAUUGUGGCUACUCAGCCGUUAGAAUUGCCCGGCUCCUAAAGGCAGGAGCUCGUCUCAUCACUGUAGAGUUCAACCCAGAAUUUGCUGCUAUAGCUAAACAGAUGAUCGAGUUUGCUGGAGUACAAGAUAAGGUCAAAGUCCUAGAAGGCCCUUCAGAUCAAAUUAUCCCUCAACUGAAGAAAAAACAUGAAGUGGACACGCUGGAUUUUGUGUUCCUGGACCAUUGGAAAGACAGAUACAAACCAGACACCAUCCUACUUCAGGAAUGCAACUUGCUGAGGAAGGGCUCCGUUCUUCUGGCUGACAACAUCAUCUUCCCAGGAGCUCCAGAUUUCUUAAGCUAUAUCCGCAACAAUCCCCGUUUCCAAUGCACUAACUACCCAUCUCAUCUGGAAUAUAUGAAAGUGCAGGAUGCUAUGGAAAAGGCUGUGUUUUUGGGGUAAAGAGAGCCAUUCAUACUCAACCUUUGUUUCAAACUACAUAAAUGAAACUGUACAGGUUAA